GCUAAUUGGCACACCACCUACCUUAGGUAGGUAGGUACCUCUUAGCACUGAUAACAGCUGCGAAAGGUGGUACUUUAGAGUAAAUAACAGCGAAAUGGUCCCUCUUAAAUUAUUAUUUUACUGUAACCAUUCCACUAGUUGCCUCAUUUGCAAUUUCUUCUUCUUGAUUAGGUAUUUAUUAGGUAGAUGUGUCUUCAAACAGGGCAGCAUUUACUUCAGCAGUUACUCAGUCCCAUUCAGGUUGGACGACCAGAUGACUUUACAAGCCAAUUCAAGUAGUUCAGAUUUACCCAGUAUUAUUAUGCUGGACAUCAUGAUUAACUUCUUAAAAUAGCUGACGAGCUUAAGGGCGACCAAAUUCCCAUGACAUGAAAUCCACCUCUAAAUAUCUCUACACCAACCACACCUUCGUCUAAUUAAUGCUAUGAUUACGUCUGAAUGUGUGGAUUCGGUAAGAGCUUCCAGGUGAUGAUAACC